AGAACUAUACAAUUUUAUUUGAUUUCAUAGAAAACAGAAAAACUACCCCCCUAAAUUUCCACAUUGCACAGCCAGAAAAUUUGUAUGGCAUCCCUCAUCUUCUCUCCUGUUCCUCACUCUCGUCUUUCUCUCUCCUCAUCUUCAUCUUCAUCAUCUUCAUUUUCAAGAGAAUUUCAAAGUUUUGAUGGAAAGACUCCAUCUUUAAAACUGGGUUACUCUCAAAAAGGAAGAAGAAACUCUCAUAAGCUUCAAGUCUCUGUAACUGAUUAUCCUCCUUCACUUCCAUCUCCAGAAUUCAAGGAGCUUAUUUCUUCUUUAAAGUUUAAAUUAGUGAGUGCAGUCUCUGGGCUAAAUAGAGGUCUUGCAGCGAGUGAAGAUGAUCUAAGGAUAGCAGAUGAUGCUGCGCGGGAGCUUGAAGCUGCUGGUGGGCCUGUAGAUCUCGCAUCUGAUCUUGCCAAACUCCAAGGAAGAUGGAAGUUGAUAUAUAGCAGUGCUUUCUCAUCUCGCACUUUAGGAGGGAGCCGUCCUGGACCUCCCGUAGGAAGGCUUCUUCCAAUCACUCUUGGUCAGGUGUAUCAAAGAAUCGAUGUUGUUAACAAAGAUUUUGACAAUAUUGUGGAGAUUGAAUUAGGUGCUCCAUGGCCUUUACCACCUGUUGAAGUGACUGCUACAUUAGCACACAAAUUUGAGCUCAUAGGAUCUGCCAAGGUCAAAAUCAUAUUUGAUAAAACAACAGUGAAGACAAGGGGAAACUUGUCGCAGCUACCUCCGCUCGAAGUUCCUCGGAUCCCAGACUCAUUGAGGCCUUCAUCGAAUCCUGGAAGCGGUGAUUUCGAGGUCACAUAUAUGGAUGCAGACACCCGUAUCACUAGAGGAGACAGAAACGAGCUUAGAGUUUUCGUCAUCUCAUAAACUGUAUGACAAAUAUUUCAACAUGGCUUAAAUAUGUCAAAUGUGUGUACUUCUGAUGGGGCCUUUUUUUUUACUGUGGCUCACUUCAUAUAGAGACUCAUUUUCUGUAGAUUCAUUUGUAUGAUAUAUCAUGGAGAUACUGAAUAGCCUAGAUCACAAUUGUAUAGAGAAUAUCAUAUUCUCAUCUAUGAGGUCCAAAAGAGAUUUUGUACAAUAUUCAUAAGCUGUAUUUAAUCAAUGACAGAAAGAUUCAAAUACUAUAAAAAGAUUGAUUCUUUGGGAUCCUUUCUUUCUUUA